GAGUAUAUUUUACUUCCCGUUAUGAAGUAAAAUGAGGGAGAAUUUUGUGAAGUCGGCCUUCCCGUUAACAGUUACUCGGACUCUCGCGGGCCUUUUGUCCCGCGCGGGACGUAUUCAUCCUAGGCUCAUAGCCUCUGCUCCGGUCUGAUCUUCCGUAAUGAUUAACUUUAGAUUUCUCGUGGAAUGUGCAAAACCAAAAUCACCGUCUCAAUGGAUUUAUUUCAAGAUUGAAUUUACAUUCAUGAUUUUGGGUUUUUCCGCUACGAUCCUGGCUCUAUACAAUUCCUGAGCUAUGAAGAAAUUCCCCUUGCUCCUGAGGCUGCUUUUGUAGGACUACACAUUAGGGUUGUUGGAAAUGAUAACAGAGACAAGGUCUCCAUUGCGAGUGGCAUAAUAGGUCGUUUGGAUAGGGAGGCUCCACAGUAUAACAAGGAGGGCUACAAUGACUUCAAUACAUUUUAUAUCCAAGUUGCAUCUGGGACUAGAGGUGGCUCAAGUGGCUCUCCAGUAAUUAACAGGCAAGGCAAAGCUGUUGCUUUAAAUGCUGGGUCCAAAUCAAUCGGGACUAGAGGUGGCUCCAGUGUCUCUUCUUUUCUUCUGCCUUUAGAAAGAGUUGUGAGGGCUUUGAAGUUCCUACAAGAAGGAAGAGUGAAUUUCGCAAACUCGUGGGAAGCUAUCUCCAUUCCCCGUGGUACACUUCAGGCAACUUUUUUGCAUAAAGGAUUUGAUGAGAUCCGUAAGCUUGGUCUUCAAAGCGAAACAGAGCAGUUUGUGCGUAACUCAUCCCCAAUGGAUGAAACUGGAAUGCUUGUUGUUGAGUCUGUGGUGCCAGGUGGUCCAGCUGAUGACUAUUUAGAGCCAGGUGAUAUUCUUUUUCAUAUAAAUGGGGAGGUUAGUCCUCUAUGUCUCUAUGCACGAAUCAUGAAUAUAUGAAUAAUUGAGUAGCAAUUGAAUACAAUAGAUUUCUCAGCAUUAACCUCCCCAAAAUCAACUAAAAUGUAUCUGGAAUUGCCCAUUUGAAGAAGCUUUUUGAAUCAAUCAUUUUCUUCGUAGUAGCUCCUUAAGAAAAUGCAAGUGUACUGCUUGCUUGGUGGAAUACACCUUCCUUUCAUCUAGCUCUUUCCUCAUUAGUUUUGUACUUCAUGGCUAAACAGCCUUGCCAUUUCCUAUAUAUCACUCAUAUUUUGUUGAACCAAUGCCCCCUGCAACCAUCAGAGAAUCAAUCAACCACCAUUAGUAUUGGAUAUUGCCAUUCGACUGCCAUUGAGGUCGAAAGGGGGCGGGGUGCAUUUUCCAAAGCAGGUGAUUACACGGUUCCUCAAACUGGAGAUGAUACUUGAUGACAAUGUCGGACAGCAAAUUGAACUUCAAAUUGAAAGGGGUGGUAUUUCAAUGACCAUUCAGUUGCUGGUUCAGGAUUUGCACUCAAUAACGCCUGAUUACUUCUUGGAAGUCAGUGGUGCAGUGAUUCACCCUCUAUCUUAUCAGCAGGCAAGGAAUUUCCAUUUUCAAUGUGGCCUUGUUUAUGUUGCAAAACCAGGAUACAUGCUAUUUAGAGCAGGGGUUCCUCGCCAUUCCAUCAUUAAGAAAUUUGCAGGUGAAGAUAUAUUAAGACUCGAGGAUUUGAUUUCUGUUUUAUACAAGUUGUCUAGCGGUGCAAGAGUGCCACUAGAGUACAUAAACUACACAAAUCGCCACCAAAGAAAGUUUGUUUUAGUCACACUUGACCGCCAUGAGUGGUAUGCCCCACCUCAGAUGUACACCCGCGAUGACAGUUCUGGCUUAUGGAUGGCUAAGCCAGUUUUAUCCCCAGGCUUGCUUCACUUGUCUGGCACAGAUCCUGACAACCAAGUUCACCGUAGUGUAUCUUGUGCUGGUGAAGCUUCAAUGAAUGAAACAGCUCAACAUUUUGACCACAAGUCAAUAGAUAGUAUUACAGAUAUGUUAACCAGUCAUAAGUUAGUUUCAGAGAAAGAGAGCUUGUCUGCUGAUGAAUUUGUUAUAUCUGAUGGUUCCUCACAAGUUCUUACAAAAGAAAGAUUGAUCGAGACAACUAUAGAUGAUGUAGUAGUAAGAGAUUGUAAGGGCCUCGUGACAAAGUCAGCCAAUGCCUCUGUUCCUGAGUGUGUGGUUGAGCCCACUCUUGUGGUGCUUGAGGUUCACGUUCCGUCAUCUUGUAUGCUGGAUGGUGUCCAAUCACAGCAUUUUUUUGGAACCGGUGUGGUUGUAUAUCAUUCUGAAACCAUGGGAUUGGUUGUUGUUGAUAUGAAGACUGUUGCAGUGUCAGUUUCUGAUGUCUUCCUGUCUUUUGCUGCUUUUCCUAUUGAAAUACCUGGGGAGGUAGUCUUCCUCCAUCCCACACAUAAUUUUGCUUUUGUUGCAUAUGACCCUAAAGCACUCGGAAAUAUUGGUGCUUCUGCAGUUCAUGCUGCUGAACUCCUUGCUGAACCACCUCUUUGUCGCGGAGAUACCGUGUCUCUUGUGGGGUUGAACAAAUGCCUGCAGACAAAAUCAAGGAAAUCAAUUGUCACUGAUGCUUGUGCUUCUUUGACUAUUGCAACGUCUGGUUGUCCACAUUAUUUAGCAACAAACAUGGAAGUUAUUGAACUUGAUACUGCUUUUGGUGCUUCAUUUUCUGGUGUGCUGACUGAUGAGCUUGGACGAGUUCGAGCUCUAUGGGGAAGCUUCUCUAAACCGAAAAAUAAAAAUCUCAACGAUAGUAGUUCAUCAGAUGAUUCUGAAUUCACACGUGGAAUUCCAGCUUGUGCAAUAAGUAAAGUCCUUGCAAAAAUCAUCUCGACUGCUGCUGGACCCCCACGCCUUCUUCAUGGUUUCAAACAGCAUAUGCCACUUGUGAGAAUAUUAGAAGCUAAACUCCAUCCCACUUUACUUUCCAAAGCUCGCAAUUUCGGACUAAGUGACAGGUGGAUCCAGGCCCUUGUGAAGAAGGACCGUGUAAGACGCCAGGUUUUGAGAGUGGAAUGUUGCUUUGCUGGCUCAAGAGCUCACGGGGUAUUAGAGCAAGGUGACAUGAUUUUAGCAAUUAACAAGGAGGCAGUUACAUGCUUCCGUGAUAUUGAAGAGGCUUGCCAAGUGCUAGACCAGUGUACUAACAGUGAUGGAAUGCUUCACAUGACAAUUUUCCGCCAGGGCUGUGAAAUUGAACUGCUUGUGGGAACUGAUGUGAGGGAUGGGAGUGGAACUACUCGUGCAAUCAGUUGGUGUGGAUGUACUAUCCAAGAACCUCACCUUGCUGUCCGUGCACAUGGAUUUCUUCCUCGACAGAGUGGAGUUUAUGUGGCAAGGGUAAGCAAGGGGAGCCCAGCAUCUAGGUACGGUCUUUCUGCUCGCCAAUGGAUCGUUAACAUUAAUGGGAAACAAACUCCUGAUUUGGAUGCUUUUAUCCGCAUCACCAAGGAACUGGAGCAUGGAAAAUUCGUUUGUUUAAGAGCAGUGAAUUUAAAUGGGAAGCGUGGAGCGGUAACCUUAAAACAAGAUUUGCACUACUGGCCAACGUGGGAAAUAAGGUUUGAUUCUUGUGAAACCUUAACCUGGCGACGCAAGAUCAUCAAUGCUUUAGAUGGCGGUGCUAUGUAAUUAACAAAAGGUUAAUCAGGCUGUGUUUAUAAGAACACUUGUAGAAAGAAGACCAAAGCAAGUGCAUUCAGUGUAAUAUUAAUGUGUGAUGCCUGGCAUUAUUACAAUGUAAUUGCUUCUCACUUAAUGGUUUAUUCGCUCG